CUCUUAUUGGUCGUGCAUCGAGAACGAAAGCUUCAGAUGCAGCACAGGAGGAGGAGGAGGAGGAGGAAGCUCUUCGAUGUUCUCUCAUUCCUGGAGGUCUAAAUGCUGGUGGAGAUUUGACUUACGUAAUCUUUCAGCCUUCGUGGAAGAAAUGUUCUACUGGAUUCGAAUCAAAUUAGGAAGCGGUCCGAUUUCAAUGCAUCCCAAGUCAACACUCGCACCGUCUCUUUGUCUUCUUCUUCCUCUCCGUCUCUCUCUCUCUCUCUCUCCCAAAGAAACCUUUGAUGGCUGAAUUGAGCGUGUCUCGUCUCGAAUUAGGGAUUUGGUGCCCCUUUUGAUCGAUUCGAGACCUCAGAGCAUGAAAAGUUAGGUGCCCUUUCUCUCUCACACUCACACACACACACACACACACAUACCGCACUACACUAACAGACACGGAGGGGGCCACCAACACGUUAUUUACCUUCCGCGUAUUAAUCCUCAAUAAAACUUGCAGCUUUCAAUCUUCCUUUGUCUGUCCGCAACGGCCGUCAGCUUCACUGCGUAUAAAAAUUCCUCGCUUCCUCUGGACGAGGAAUUGAAGAUUCAAUUGCCUUCCCAUAUUCUUCUUCGACACGACGAGGGAGAUGGGGUCGCUGGAUCGAUCCAAGAAGAGGAGCCACCUGUUGAAGAAGGCGCUCGUGCACUUCUCCCUCUGCUUCGUGAUGGGCUUCUUCACCGGCUUCGCGCCCCACAGCACCGCCACCCUCUUCCACCACCGCCCCGUCAAGAGCGUCGGCGUCGUCCCCUCCGCCCCUGUCGACCCCAUGGAGAGGGUCAUCGACGCGAGCCUGAUCCAGAUCCCGAGAUCUUUCCCGGCCGCCGUCCUGCCUGAGGGCGACGCCAACCCGCCGCCUCCCAAGGAUGUGGGGCGGGGUCACGAGCCGCAGUCGCCGUCGCGGCGGCUGCUGAUCGUUGUGACGACCACCCGAUCCAACGACCGGCUCCAAGGUGCGUACUUGCGGCGGCUGGCGCACACCCUGCGCCUGGUCCCGCCGCCGCUGCUGUGGGUCGUCGUCCAAGCCCACGCCGACGCCCUCGCCACCGCCGAGAUGCUGCGGACCACCGGGGUCGUGUACAGACACCUGACCUUCAUGGAGAAUUUCACCGACCCCGCGGCGGAGGCCGACCACCAGCGCAACGUCGCCCUCAGCCACGUCGAAUACCACCGUCUCGCUGGGAUCGUGCUCUUCGCCGCCGCAUCGAACGUCUACGAUCUCAGAUUCUUUGAUGAGAUCAGAGAGAUCGAGGCUUUUGGGACAUGGACAGUGGCAGUCAUGUCGACGAACAGGAAGAGAGCAGCUUUGGAUGGUCCAAUUUGCCAUUCAUCAAAGGUUGAAGGGUGGAUCUUGAAGGACUUGAGCGAUGACAAAAGGUUGUUGGUGACUAGCACAGACUUGAACCAGAAACCUCCAAAGAUUAAUAUUUCUGGCUUUGGAUUCAAUAGCUCGAUAUUAUGGGAUCCCGAGAGGUGGGGUCGCCCUACCUCAUUGCCCGACACGUCACAGGAUUCAAUCAAGUUUGUGCAUGAUGUCAUCCUGGAAGAUGAAACCAAGUUGAAGGGCAUUCCAGCUGACUGCUCCAGGAUCAUGGUGUGGCAACUCUAGAUGCCCAGAGCAAUUCCUCUGCCUUUUCACUCCCACAACCAAGACAGAAACAAAAAAAACAAAAAAAAGGUAGAUAAGGUGAGAAACCCAAAAGGGGUCAUGUAAAUGAGAAGGGAACUGUUUCUAGCUCUUCUUUCUUACAUCUUUUCUUUUUGGGGAAGGUUGAGAUUAGUCACCUCCCCAUCAACACACCAUUUAUCAUUACUUCCUGGUAUUAUUCCUUCAUUUGGUGGAUGCUCAUACAGUAUAGGAAGGGUUGGUUACCAUUGUUCCUGUCAUAGAUCAUUGCUUCCCUAGCCAUUGUAUUUGUAGUCUUUGAAGUGUCUAAUAUAUAUAUUUUUUCAAUAUAAACCUAAAUUAUAGAUCCA